AAGGCCAUGACGAGUAACUUUUCUGGAUGGGAGGGGGUGGUGAAAAAACAAGGCUGAUUGGGGUAAGAUGGUAACCACUGUACGCUGGCCAUUGUCAGGUUUGGCUUCGUUUCUUCAUGGCGUUGUGGAGGGUUUAUGGGCUUGGGUGGAUGAUGGGCUUGUUAUCCUGGCUGAUCAAGGUAUUGGACUGGAUGUGGUGGUUUCUGGGCAAUAUUGGCGCGGCGGAACAGUUUUCGAGAACUUUCAUGUCACUCACUCGGUCAAAUUAUUUGUACAUUUCGCUUCUCCGACGCACACACAUCUGUGACGUGGUGGACGGUUGGCUGGCCGGUCUGGGAGUUCGCUUCUUAGAUAUGGAUGGCAUUUUUUAUGGACGACUCUAUGCUGUGGUGCUUGAGUGAAAUGCACUGGUCCAUCGUUUUGUGUCUUGGUGAUCACUGCGGAGGGAAGACGUUUGGUUUCCAGCUGGCUGGUGAUACAGUGUUUUGUAAUGUC